AUGGGUCGGUCACAUGAGCCGGUCACAUGGGUCGGUCACAUGGGUCGGUCACAUGGGUCGGUCACAUGGGUCGGUCACAUGGGUCGGUCACAUGGGUCGGUCACAUGGCACAUGAGCCGGUCACAUGGGUCGGUCACAUGGGUCGGUCACAUGGGUCGGUCACAUGGGUCGGUCACAUGGGUCGGCCACAUGAGUCGGUCACAUGGGUCGGCCACAUGGGUCGGUCACAUGGGUCGGUCACCUGAGUCGGUCACAUGGGUCGGUCACAUGGGUCGGUCACAUGAGUCGGUCACAUGGGUCGGUCACAUGAGUCGGUCCCAUGGGUCGGCCACAUGGGUCGGUCACAUGGGUCGGUCACCUGAGUCGGUCACAUGGGUCGGUCACAUGGGUCGGUCACAUGAGUCGGUCACAUGGGUCGGUCACAUGAGUCGGUCACAUGAGUCGGUCACAUGGGUCGGUCACAUGGGUCGGUCACCUGAGUCGGUCACAUGGGUCGGUCACAUGGGUCGGUCACAUGAGUCGGUCACAUGGGUCGGUCACAUGGGUCGGUCACCUGAGUCGGUCACAUGA